AUGGCGCGCAACGCCAACGCGCUGGUGAGCUAUCGCACCUAUCCGCAUGUCGACGGCUACGAGCGCGCGAUGCAGGCCGCGCAAUUGGUCGAGGACGCCUUGAGGGGCCGGAAGUAUCCGCGCUGCCUGCUGGUGCAGCCGGCGAUGCUGAAGGGCGCCGAUCAUGGCCGCACCACGCAGCCCGGCAUCAUGCGCGACCUGCUGGCGCGCGCCGACGCGUUCGAGAAGCAGCCGGGCCUGAACGUGGUCUCGAUCCAGGUGGGCUUCACCUGGUCCGACAUCGCGUGGGCCGGCCCCUCGAUCGCCGUCAGCCACGAGCCCGGCGCCGAGGACGCGGCUCGCGCGGCGGCACGAUCGCUGAUCGACGAGAUGUGGUUGCGGCGCACCGAGUUCUCCUCCUCCUAUCGCUCGAUCACCGAGGCGGUCGAAGCGGCGCGGGCAGGCGGCGACAGGCCGCUGGUGCUGGCCGAGGGCACCGACAAUCCAGGCGGUGGCGGCUACAAUGACGCGCCCAACCUGCUGCGCGCGCUGCUCGACGCCGGUAUCGCCAACGCGGCGGUCGGCACGAUCUACGAUCCCGGCACGGUGCGGCAGGCGCUGCAGGCCGGCGUCGGCUCGCGGAUCGAGGUCGAACUGGGCGGCCAUACCGAUCCGUCGCUGGGCGCGCCGGUGCGGGCGACGGCGCAGGUGAUGCAUCUCUCCGACGGCAACUUCCGCAACGACGGUCCGAUGAAUGCCGGCGUGCAGGUCGCGCUGGGACCGACCGCGGUGUUGCGAUUGGGCGGCGAGGGCGGCAUCGACGUCGUCACCACCUCGAUCCGCAUGCACACGAUCGACCUGCAGGUGUUCCUGAGCCAGGGCAUCGAUCCGCUGCGUAAGAACGUGCUGGUGGUGAAGAGCUCGCAGCAUUUCCGCGCCGCCUUCGAGCCGAUCGCGCGCGAGGUGAUGCUGGUCGAUGCCGGUGGUCUCUGUUCCACCGACGCCUCGCGCUUCACCUACGCCAAGCUGCGCCGGCCGAUCUGGCCGCUCGAUCCGGUCGGGGAACCGCUGUCGGGUUAG